AUGGGCGGCGGCCAAACUAUCGCGGACCAGAUACUCAAGACAUGGCCAAACGUGUCUUUACUCCCAACGCAACUUCUCGACAAAGCAGCCCACAAUGUCCUCCAGAAGAAGCCCAUUGCGUACCCAGCCAUGUGCUAUGGACCCGAUUCAGGUGACCCGCGGCUGAAGAACAAUAUUGCGCAGUGGCUCACGACGUUCUAUAAGCCCGCGGACCCGGUCUCCGAAGACCGCAUAUGCAUCUCUGGUGGGGCUUCGCAGAAUCUAGCUUGCCUGCUUCAGGACUUUACAGAUCCGGUGUAUACACGGAAUGUGUGGAUCGUCGCUCCGGCGUAUAUGCUUGCUUUCCGUAUAUUCGAAGAUGCUGGGUUCCACAAAAAGCUGAGGGCCGUGCCUGAGGAUGAGGAGGGGAUUGAUAUGGCGUAUCUGAGGAGCCAGAUCAAGCUGAGUGAGGAGAGGGCGAGAUCUGAGAGUAAUAAUGAGCCGCAAUUCAAACCUCCAAGGCCUUCAAAUAAAAUCUACAAACAUGUCAUCUACGCGGUUCCAGGCUUCUCCAAUCCCAGCUCCAAGACUAUGAGUCUAAAGCGUAGAGAGGAGUUGGUACGUUUGGCGCGAGAGUACGAUGCCCUUAUCAUUACAGACGACGUAUACGACUUCCUGCAAUGGCCGUCAAGUCUAAGUCCUAGUACGCUGUUCAUCGAGAAAGCCGGUUUGCCCCGGAUCGUCGACAUCGACAGAUACCUGGACGGCGGCGCCGAAAGACAUGGCGCAGAUGGCUUCGGCAAUGCAGUCUCGAAUGGAUCGUUUUCCAAGAUCUUCGGCCCUGGCUUGCGUACGGGUUGGUGUGAAGGAACGCCCAAGAUGGCGUAUGGUGUUUCGCAAACAGGAUCCAGCCGUUCGGGCGGAGCACCCAGCCAGCUGACAGCCUGCUUUGUGGCCGAGACACUGGAAACAGGAGAGCUCCAACGCUACGUGUACGACCGACUCCAGCCCACCUACGGCAAUCGGUACCGCCGAAUGGUAGAAGCCAUCAACAAACACCUCAUUCCACUGGGCGUUGACAUUCCCCAAACCGAUCGCGAGGUCGUCGGCGGCUACUUCAUCUGGCUGACGUUGCCAUCGCCGCUAAAAGGCGCAGUGGUAGCACAACGCGCAAAGGAAGAAGAGAACCUAGCCGUCGCACAGGGCGAAAUGUUCGAAGUACCCGGCGACACCGGCCAUGAAGGCACGUCAUUCAGCAACGACAUCAGGGUUUGUUUUGCGUGGGAAGAAGAAGAUAUGCUUGCCGAGGGUAUUGAAAGACUCGCCACGGUCAUUAACCGCAUGUUAAAGGAAGAGGCCAAUGGAGGACAGGCAACUCAGAAGGCGGCUGCUCAAGAAGAAGACGCGAAGGGUCUGUGGUGA